CCCAACGGACGCGAGUAGUGAAAAAGGCGAGAGCGGGAGCGCGGCCGCGCCCACCCUCCCUCCCUCCCUCCGCCUCCACCCCCAUUCGAUUCCCCCCCUUCCCUUCUCUUCUUCCCUCCCCAACCGCCACUCUCCCCCCCAAAUCCCCCACCUCUCCUCGAGAAUGGCGGAGUCGCAGGUGGAGGGGAUGAGGAAGGCGUACGCGGAGAUCAUGCUGAACAUGGCGCAGGAGUCGGCGGCGCGGGUGCUGGCGGCGGAGCGGCGGGCGGCGGCGCUCGCGGGGGGUUUGGCGGCGGCGAGGGAGGACGGCGUCGCCGCGCUCGUCAGGCUCAAGGCCAUCAUGGAGGCCAGGGCGCGGAAGAACAACCAAACAGACAAGUGUUCAGGCUGCCUGAGCAGGCAAAAUUUAUCAUCCUAUCAGAUAAAAGAAGCAGAGUCACAAUCUUUGGCAAACAUUAAUAAGAUUAAGGAACUACAAGAGCAAUUACAUGGUGCUCAAGAUACAGUGGCCUCCCUUCAAAUUGAACUGCAGAGAUCAAAUACUGAACUGGAGCAAGCAAGGAGCACUUUGGCUGAGGAAAGAAGAAAUAACCUUCGCUCCUGCAAUAAGAUCAAUUCUAAUAAAAAUAGCAGCUCUUCUUCUAGAAAGCAUCUACAAGGCAGAGUAUCCUCAAAGAGUAAAAAUACGGCAAAGGAAAGUGGAGCUGUUGAAAACUUGGAGACACUGUACCGUUGUGAUUCUGAUCUGGGUUCAUUCAUGGCUAGAACUAAGAAUCCUGAGCUGUAUCGCAAUGGGUGUACACAACGUAUCCGUGCAAUCAAGCAGCGAAGUCCAAAUUCGGAUACAUCCCUGGUAGAAAACAGCAAGCAAACUAGUGCACUGAAUAGCCGUUCUAAGACUGGAAAAACUGAUACCAACAGAAACCCACAGAGCACAAGGUCCAUCAUGGAACAGAUACUUCAAACAAAAUUUCUGGCCAACUGCAAGAGAAAGAGAGGUAGGCGAAGCAGGCCAAGUUACAUGCAUGAUAAUUCUGGUGAGCAUGGGCAAACAGAGUACAAGUCGUCUGAUACAUCUGAUGGAAAUGGGUGUUUGCUGCUACUUCAGGCUCUUGAACAAGAUCUUUCACCUCUAAAGGCGUCUUCUGGAAGUGUUGGUGAGGGAUUAGCUGACCAGAAGGAUGAAUUGCUCAAGGAUGAAAAGGAUGCUGACUUGAAUCUUCACCCUGCUUCCCCUGGACCAAAUGAUGUACUUUCAGUAAACAACAUGCAGAUGAAAAGGAGGAAAAGGUCUAAGACUAUGAGAGUCUUUGAAUCUGAUUUUGAGGCAAAAGCUGCCCCUGAAUUUGGGAACACCCUGCCAAAAUCAAGUAAUAAUAAUAGCAUGCUAAAUAGUGAACAGAGCUCUGAUCCACCUGCUGGAAACAAUGGUCCUGUUUUGCAAUGUACUGCUGAAAACUUGAUGCACGUGACUGAUGCUGCAAAUGCUGAUCAAUUAAAGUCUGAGAACAGCUCCCCGCUAGUCCCUCAGUCAACAGAGAGUGAAAUUGGAGAUGAAGGUAACUCGCGAGUGGAUCACAAAGAGUGUAGAACACCAGAUAAUAAUGCAAUAGUCUUGGAAGAAGUGAAUGUGGAUAAAAGCUGCAUUAUUUUAGCUUCAGAUGGAGCUGAUUCUUCGAUAGUCAGCUCCCUGGACAAAGAAGAAAAUGCAAAAGAAGCAACUUCUGGAGUUGCCGUGCAAGCUGAAGGUGCCAGAUAUAUCAAAUACACAUUCAAUCGCAGGAAACGCAAGGCCGCGCCUUUAGACAGCACUCCUCAAGGGGCUGUCCCUGAGAAAAGCAGUAGUGUGGUUUGCCCAUCUGAGAAUCAUGAGCCUCAUGCAAAGCCUGAGACGCAAGAUCUCGUCAUAGAGUCACCUCCAGGUGACAAUCAACUAAUCCAUGUUGCCCAGCAGCUCAUAUUGCUGUCAGCGCAAAAAUGAUGAAAAUUUUGUGAUACAUCAAAGCGGAAAGAGGGAUUGGUUCGAAAGAAUAAUGCUUAAGGGACGGCUCCAAUAAGUGGAUCAUGGAUCGUUUGAUAAUAUGCUAAAUGCAGUUGAGUUCUUCAACGGAGGGGGAGAGACUUGUGGUGGUAGCGGCAGAGAAAUCAAGAAAGCUAGCUUCAUAGUGUAGUUAUACCUCUACCUAAGAGGUGUUAUUAUAGUAGUGUAUAAAUUAGGCAGGAGUUACUAUUUAUUUUGUAGAUGAUAAAUUUUGAACUAUUGGUUUAAGAAGGUUAUAAAUUUUGAAGUGGUACUCAGUUAUUAAGUCGGUUCAAAUUCAGAGGUGAAACAUCUGCUCAUGUAAAGCAACUUACUUUUCUCUAGUUUUGGGGAAAAUUUUGGUCA